UGCAGUUCCCUCAGCCCACCGUGCUUUACCGAGGAGGACCGGUUCAGCCUAGAAGCUCUCCGCAUGAUCCAUAAGCAAAUGGAUGAUGACAAAGAUGGUGGUAUUGAAGUAGAUGAAAGUGAUGAGUUUCUAAGGGAAGAUAUGCAAUACAAGGAUGCCUCUAAUAAACAUAGUCACCUGCACAGAGAAGACAAACAUAUCACAAUUGAGGAUCUGUGGAAACGCUGGAAAACAUCUGAAGUUCAUAACUGGACUCAAGAGGACACUCUACAGUGGCUAUCAGAAUUUGUUGAACUGCCCCAAUAUGAAAAGAACUUUAGAGAUAGCAAUGUCAAUGGGACAACACUUCCCAGGAUAGCAGUAAAUGAACAAUUGAAAAUAAUAGACCGGAGCCAUAGACAAAAGCUUCAGCUUAAAGCCUUGGAUGUUGUUUUAUUUGGACCUCUCACACGUCCCCCUCACAACUGGAUGAAGGAUUUUAUAUUAACAGUUUCUAUAGUUAUUGGUUUUGGAGGCUGCUGGUUUGCGUAUACACAGAACAGAACCUCAAGAGAACAUAUCACAAAAAUGAUGAAGGACUUAGAAAGUCUCCAAACAGCAGAGCAAAGUCUUCUUGACUUGCAGGAAAGGCUUGAGAAGGCACAAGAAGAAAAUAGAAAUGUUGCUGUGGAAAAGCAAAAUCUGGAGCGCAAAAUGAUGGAUGAGAUCAAUGAUGCAAAACGGGAAGCUCAUCGCCUAAGGGAGCUGAGGGAGGGAGCUGAGUGUGAGCUUAGCAGGCUCAAAUACGCAGAGGAAGAGCUAGUACAGGUCCGCAUGGCUUUAAAAAAGGCUGAAAAGGAGUUUGAGCUGAGAAGUAAUUGGUCUGUUCCUGAAGCUUUGCAGAAGUGGCUUCAGUUAACACAUGAAGUUGAAGUACAAUACUACAACAUCAAAAGACAGCAUGCAGAGAUGCAGCUAGCAAUUGCCAAAGAUGAGGCAGAAAAGAUAAAAAAGAAGAGAAGCACUGUAUUUGGCACAUUACAUGUUGCACACAGUUCCUCCCUGGAUGAAGUGGACCAUAAAAUCCUUGAAGCAAAGAAAGCGCUCUCCGAGUUGACGACAUGUUUGCGAGAGCGUCUUUAUCGAUGGCAACAGAUUGAGAAGAUCUGUGGUUUUCAAAUAGCCCACAAUUCUGGGCUACCAAGCUUGACCUCCUCUCUCUACUCUGACCACAGCUGGGUAGUUAUGCCUCGAGUUUCCAUUCCUCCUUACCCAAUUGCAGGGGGAGUCGACGACUUAGAUGAAGAUACUCCUCCAAUAGUUUCACAGUUUCAUGGGUCCAUUGUAAAACCUCCCAGCACACUGGCAAGAAGCAGUAGCUUGUGUCGAUCGAGACGCAAUGUUGUGCCAUCAUCUCCACAGUCUCAGCAUGCUUUGCACUCCCCUGACCCUGACAUCCUUUCUGUGUCGAGCUGCCCAGCUCUUUAUCGAACUGAAGAGGAGGAGGAAGCCAUUUACUUCUCUGCUGAUAAACAAUGGGAAGUACAGGAAACAGGUUCGGAAUGUGACUCCUUAAAUUCAUCCACUGGAAGGAAGCAGUCUCCUCCAGCAAGUCUUGAGAUGUACCAGACACAUUCUCCUCAGAAAGUAUCCCCAGAAGAAUUCUCACUGGAGGAAUCAUCUACAGGAGACUCUUCUUCUCUAACUGCAGAUAUUUCUAGGGGCUCUCCUGACUGUGUAGGCAUGGCAGAAACUAAGAGCAUGAUCUUUAGUCCUGCAAGCAAAGUUUAUAAUGGAAUUCUGGAGAAGUCCUGCAGCAUGAACCAGCUCUCAACUGGGAUCCCAGUCCCAAAGCCUCGGCACACCUCGUGCUCUUCAGCCAGCAGUGAUAGUAAGCCCAGCCAUGAAGCUGCUUCUGUCCCUAGGAUAAGUAGCAUCCCACAGGACCUGUACCAAAAUGGUGAAAAAAACAAAAAGCCAUCGAAAAUAAAAAGCUUCUUUAAGAAGAAGUGUAAGUGAAGUGGGAAGAAGAAACCUGUAGAAAUGUUGUAAGAACUCUAUUUUUUAAAUCUUUGGGAAUGUAAUUCCAUUUGAGCAUUCCAGACUGGAUGCCCUAGUGGAAUGCUCUGUAGGUCAUCUAUAUUUAACUGACUGUACUGUCAAAGGUCAUGCCAGCUGUCAAUGAGAAAUCAUUAAAAAGUUCAGACAGUUUACAUUCAUUUCUGCCUAUUUAUUUCUUUUUUUUUUAUUUUUUCU